AUGAUAUCGCGCUCACCGGCUCCAUCCCCUUCAAAGACCGUCGACCCCCUCAGGCGCUGCGACUUCUGCAAAAAGCCGCCCAAGCCCGACAAACCACUGCGCCGCUGCGCCGGCUGCUGCCGUGUUAAGCCAUUCUACUGCUCCAAGGAGUGCCAGAAGGCCCAUUGGCCCAUGCACAAAGUCGGCUGCAACAACGGCCCUCUGGCCCAGCCUGCAGCGCCUGGCGAAGAGGUUGACAACAGCCUCGUCACCCGCCUGCGCACCUUCAUGGACGCGCACGAAUGGGCUCUAGGCGCCGCAGCCGGUGCCGUCGCGCUCCUCGCCUACGGCCAGGACUACGGCCGCCACCUUGAGACGAGCAUGGUCGAAUUCACCCUCGCCAACGUCCCGCCCGCUCCCGGGACACGCCGGGACCCCGUGCGCGCGUUCAAGAUGCUCGGGAUCGGCGUCCUCGACGUCGCACCCGGCGCGCGGUCCCAGCCCGAGAGGAAGAUACAUGCGCUUCCCGGGGCUGAGGCGCCGCGUAUGCUCCGCGUCCUGCGCGAGUUCCGCGUCGCGGAGAAGGAGGACGUGCUCAUCGUCUCCACGUGCUUCUUCGUCGAGGGCGAGUCGCAGUCGCUGAUGCGCUCGUUCAUGCGCCUCGGCGUCCCGCGCGUCUGGCCGAGCUCGGAGGGCGAGGGAGGGUUCGACCAGGCGCGCACAGCGAUGGAGGACCUCACGCGCUUGUGCAUCACGAGCUUGAACGAGGGACCGUGCUUCCGGAGGGAGAUCUCGGCGGACGCGGGGCUAGCUCUCCCAGGAACUUUUCAGCGCAGGGAGAAGGCGUGGGUGUGGCGGCCGUUGUUCACAGAUUGGGAGGAGUACGAAGCGAACCCGGAGAAGUACGGACCAAUGGCGGCCUUCCGGGACGUUCGUUCGGGAUACUCUCCCAAAGAGCUCAUGAUAUUUACCUUUUUGUUCUGA